GGCGGACAAUGAAGGUGACACCGUGUAUGAUCCAGCUAAAGAUCCGCUUAGAAGAGAAAAAUCUAAUGAUCCAGGAUGGAAUCAUGGAUUUUGGCCAGACUUGAACAACAAAGACAUAGUCCAAUGUAGGCAUUGUAAUAAGCAAAUGUCUUCUGGCAUAAAGAGAUUAAAACAACAUCUAGCUGGCGGGUAUGGAGAUGUUGCUAAAUGUCCUCAUACGACAACAGAACUUAUGACGGAGAUGCGAGCAUAUUUAAUGAGGAAAUCCAGGAGUAAACCGAUCCAAAUUGAAGAUGACGGCGAUGAGGAUGAUGUUGAAGUACCUUUCCCUCAAAUAGAUACUUCAACUUCUCAACCGAGUUCUGGGACAGCAACCAAGAGAAAAAAUGCUGCUUCGCAAUUCUUUAAUGUCCCACCAAAAAUGCCCAAACAAAACAAAUCAAUUGCCUCCAUCAUUCGCAAAACUCCCGAGGAGAUCGUUGAUGAAAGACAUACAAAAGGCCCCACCCAAACUACACUAGAACAAUGCACAAAAAGCAAGGAGGACAAAGAGAGGGUCUUCAUGCACAUUUCUGAUUUUUUUAUGAAAACGGCAUUCUCUAUAAUGCAGCAAACUCCAGAAGUUAUGAGAUCAUGGUGGAGUCGAUUGGGCAGUUUGGACCAGGACUUAAACCUCCUAGCUAUCAUGAGUUGCGUGUUCCACUUCUUGAAAAAGCAAAGAACAAUACAGAGAAGCUCAGAGAAAAACAUGAACUUGCUUGGAAGGAAUACGGGUGCACACUCAUGUCUGAUGGAUGGUCUGACCGAAGGAAUCAACACUUGAUUAAUUUCCUUGUCAAUAGUCCAGAAGGCACUUUUUCCUAGACUCGGUUGAUGCAUCAGGUGAAUCUCAAGAUGCAACAUUGCUGACAGGUUUGCUUGAGAAAAGAAUUGAAGAAGUUGGAAAAGACAAGGUAGUGCAAGUGGUGACAGACAACAACUCUAACUAUAAGGCUGCGGGAAAACUUCUAGAGCUCAAGAUACCCACGCUUUAUUGGACUCCAUGCGCAGCACAUUGUUUGGAUUUGAUGUUGGAGGAUAUCGGUAAAUUAGCCGAGUUCAAGCCCCACAUUGAAAAAGCAAGAUGUGUGACUACUUUCAUUUAUCGGCACACGAGAAUCCUCCAUUCAGUGAGACAAAAGACGGGUGGGAAGGAUCUUGUAAGACCUUGAGUUACUAGAUGUGCAACAGCGUUUCUCACUUUGCAAUCUCUAUAUAAACACAUAGAAGCAUUGAGAAAUCAAUUUAGCAGUCUGGAUCGGGGUAGAUCUAAAUUGGCUGCCACAGAAGCAGGAAAGAGGGUUAGUGAGAUUGUGUUGUCUACUAGAUUCUAGAGUGCAUUGGAAGACUGCAUACGAGCUUCACAGCCGCUUUUAGUUGUCUUGAGGAUAGUUGAUGUUGAUGAGCAACCGACUAUGCCAGAGCUUUCACUAGCCAUGGAUUGUGCCAAAAAAAAUCAGCGAGUCAUUUGAAAAUAAGGCUAAAGUUUUGAGAAGCCUAGUUGGGAUCACUGAGACAUGAUGGGAAGUCCAGAUGGAGGUCAAAUUAAACGGGGCAGCUUUGUUUUUAAAUCCGUCUAAAUAUUUUGAUCUCAAACAGACUGAUCCCACAUCAGAAUCAAAGCAACGAUCAAUGUUUAACGAUGUGCUUGAAAAGAUGGUCACUGAUGAAACAUUGCAGGCCAAGAUAAAUGAUCAAGCGACAGAUUGUGAUAAAUUGAGAGGAAGUUUUGCAAAGCAACUCGCGAUUAAGCAACAAAAAUCUAAGAGUCCUCGUAAGUGAUACUUUUUAUAUAUCUGAAAAUUAGUUUAAACUUUAAACAUAUUAAAAAUUAAUUAAUAUUUUUUUGUGAUUAAUUUAUAGUUGAUUGGUUGGAUGCUUUUGGUGGACUCGAUGUUGAGCUGCAAUCGUUCGCAAAAAGCAUAGUUGAUCUCUAUUGUACCUCUUCUGGCUGUGAGCGUAAUUGGAGCACUUUUGAGUUUGUAAGUAAUAGACUUACCAUUUUGAAUACUAACUACAAUUUUUAAAUUACACAAGAUUUGAACUAAUUAAAUCAAAACACUUAUCAAAUAUGUUUUUAAUCUUUAUUUUAGAUUCAUACAAAAAGAAGAAACAAGUUGGAGCAUAAGAGGUUGAAUGACUUGGUUUAUUCAAUAUAAUCGGAAGAUAGCGACCAGAUUUCAGAAGCGGCGUGAAGAAGGAACAAACUUCAACCCUUUAAUAUAUGAAGAUUUCCAAUGGAACAAUGAAUGGGUCAGCAAUGACGUUGUUCAUCCCGGUGAUGAUCUUCUUUGGAGUCAAGUUGAUGAACUUGUGGUGCAUCAAGCAAUCUUCAGGGUCGUAAUCUUCCUAGGACUAGUAGCUCUCGUGGAGAAUCGGUUUAUUCUCGACGCCGUGGUUCAAAUUCUUCAUUAAGGUUGAUUGAUGAAGACAUGAACAACGAGGAAGAAAGUUUUCCAAAUGAUGAUGAAGAUGUUGAAGAUGACUACGGCCAAACACCACCAACUCCUACUCAUGAUGAUGAUGAUCAGGGCAAUGAAGGUUGUAGAGAUGAUUUAGUCCUUGAUGAUUCUUGAUAAAUUAGUAGUUUGAUCUUUACACUGCCUAUUUGAGAUAUACAUUUUUAAUCUUAAUUCCCAUUAAUAAACCUUGUUUUUAAUUAUUA